AUGUCAGAGGCCCUCUGCGGCGUUUGCGCCGCCGAGCCCAAGAAAUACAAAUGUCCAACCUGCGCACUCCCAUACUGCUCUCUCAACUGCUUCAAGCUGCACAAAACCACACAUCCCGAACCCGCUCCCUCAUCAAAACAACCUCCCUCCGAAAUCACCCUACCACAACCACCACCCCCAGCCCCGAUACCACGCUACCUCAAGAAGAAAACAGACUUCUCCGCCCUUGCCACGAGCUCAAAGUUCCAGGACUUGCUCAAGACAUACCCGACACUAUUGGCCACACUCCAACGCGUCUAUGCGGCUACCAUCGAGCCUGACCCCGAGGACGAGAUGCGCCGGCGCAGAGGUGGGUUCAGAGGGCGCGGAUCAAGGGGUCGGGGAAGAGGGAGGGGGAGGGGUGGCUUUGAUGAUAGGGAUGGGAGGUGGACGCAGAAGAAGGGGGAUGCAGAUGGGAUGAGGAUUCUGAAGGGGUUGAGAAGCGGGGAGGAGGAUGGGGGGAUGAAGGCAUUUGUGGGGUUGGUGGAUGAGAUGUUUGGGAAGGAUAAGGAGGUGGAGGGCGAGUGA